AAGAUAUUGAUCGACUCGUCAAAAAAAAAAAAAAAAGUUCCAUCGUAUUCCUCCGUAUCCCGCGUGACGUCCCCCCUCGUCUCCGCAUUGGCCAGUUGGCAUACUUCAUCACCUCACCCAACCUACCUGCUUUACAUUAUCUUUCCCGUCCAUCAAUCCGUUCUCAACCCUGCCGUCCCACCCCCCAUCACCCCAUUUUCUACUGAAAAAAAGCUGGGGCUAGUGUGCCUCUUGACAACGAAACUAUUAAAACCCAUCUCUCACGACUUCUACGCA